AUAAUGAUUCAGUCCACCACUAGCAUUAGAAGUACGAUAAUGUAUUCAAUAGCAUCUUUAAGCAAAUGGAUCUUUUUGAUUUCACUGUUCCUAUGCGUCUCAUCGCAAGAAAAAACGGUCUACGAGUAUUUCGCCGAUACAUCUGUACCGACCGGAUUGGUUGCGGAAAAUAAACAAUUCACCCUCAAUGGCAAAUACAUUCGAAUCGUAAGUGGUGCGAUCCAUUACUUCCGAGUUCAUCCCGAACAAUGGAGGGAUCGACUUAGAAAGUUACGAGCCAUGGGUGCAAAUACUGUGGAAACCUAUGUUUCGUGGAAUCUGCACGAACCCCGAAUGGGAGAGUUUGAUUUUGGACAGGGAGGAAAUGACUUUUCGGAUUUUAUGAAUAUACGAAGAUUUGUUCAAAUUGCCAAAGAAGAAGAUCUGUUGGUAAUUCUACGACCGGGACCAUACAUUUGUGCCGAAUGGGAGUAUGGCGGUUUGCCGAGCUGGCUUUUGAGAGAUCCGGACAUGAGAGUUCGUACCAACUACGAACCAUUCCUGCAACGGGUAAAGUUGUACAUCGAUGGACUUCUCAGUCAACUCGUUGAUCUGCAAUUCACACGAGGAGGUUCAAUCAUAGCUGCUCAAAUUGAAAACGAGUACAACUCAUUUUACCCGAAAAGUUCAGCGUAUUUGGAGUUUAUUCGCCAAGCCUUUAUCGACAAUGGCCUUGACUGUUUGUAUUUUACAUCGGACAAUUAUUUUUCGCCUAGCGAGGGUUCUUUGCCAGGGUUAUUGCAAACAGCAAAUUUCAAAGAAAAUCCGGAUUCAAUUUUAGCUGAUUUGGUGAAGGUACAGCCAGACAAACCUGUCAUGGCAAUGGAGUACUGGACUGGGUGGUUCACUCUUUGGUUGCAAGAGGAGCAAGGGACUAAUCCUUCUAAGCAAUUUCACGACAACUUGGAGAUUCUCUUCGACAAAUACAAUGGCUCUGUGAACUUUUACGUUUUUCAUGGUGGUACUAACUUUGGCUUUACAGCUGGCGGAAGCAGUGAUUGGAGUGGUGAAUUUCCUGUAGCAAACGCUGAUAUUACGAGCUACGAUUACGAUGCACCUCUCAGUGAGGCUGGUGAUUAUACAAAGAAGUAUGACCUAGCGGCAGCAUUAAUAGAAAAAUAUGAAAACCCAAAGCUUCGUCGACCAAACCGACCUUCCGAGAGCACAAAAACUGCAUAUUCCACUCUGACUCCACAGAGGUAUUUGACCUACAGUGACAUCGUUGAAAGGGUACCACCUAACAGUAGGAUCCAACUUACGAAUGCGGUAUCAAUGGAACAGUUGCCCAUCAACAACAAUAGCGGUCAGAGCUUUGGAUAUAUAAUUUACAGGAAGGUGGUCAAUGUCAGCAACGGUGACAUUUACAAAGCUUCAAAACCACAAGAUGUCGCCCAACUGCUAAUUGACGACAAUCUUGUUGACACUGGCUUUACAAGCGCUAAGCCUGCUUACUGGAGGAACAAUGACCGAGAGAUUGCUUUGGACGUUAGUGCGAAUGGCGAGCAUACACUUGACCUUAUGAUCGAAAUAAUAGCUCGAUCUAAUUGGUUCCAAGGAGAUGACAUCUAUCACCAGAAAGGGCUAUCAGCAGUGAAAGGCUCUAAGAUCGAACUUAAUGGAGAGCAGGUAACAGACAUUGAACACAUUGCUUUAGAAUUCACUGGGGAUUGGGUACGAGGACUACAAGGUUGGAGAAAUGUGGUUAGCAUGGACAGCUUGAAAGCACCGUGCUUGGUUCAAUCCACUCUAACUAUAACUGGUAGCCCUGCCGAUACAUUCAUCGACAUGAGAGAUUGGCAUAAGGGAGUAGUAUUCGUGAAUGGCUUCAACAUUGGGCGAUACUGGAAAGUUGGUCCACAACAGACACUUUACAUUCCAGCACCGCUACUGCGUACCGGGGAAAAUCAGAUAACGAUUUUCGAGCAAUACGAAGUUGGAACGCAAAUUGUAUUCUCUGAUGCUCCAGACUUGGGUCCAAUAGCUAAAGAUGAUGAUGACGACGAGCCCAAUUCUAGUCCAUCUUUGGUCUCAUUUGGUUCGUUUACGAUGAAGUUGUGUACCGUUGCUUUCAUUUGGUUUACUUGUUUUGUCAACAGUCAUUGACCCAUUGACCGUAUUGUGUAAUUGCAUGAUAAUAAAAGCACUUAGUUCGUUGAA